GUUCGCAGAUCCAGAAGCUGUGCGACCGGGUGGCUUCGUCCACGUUACUGGAUGACCGGAGGGACGCUGUGCGGGCUCUGAAAUCCUUGUCCAAGAAAUACCGGUUGGAAGUAGGCAUCCAGGCGAUGGAACACCUCAUCCAUGUUCUCCAGACAGACCGUUCAGAUUCUGAAAUAAUUGGCUAUGCCUUGGACACUCUCUACAAUGUAAUAUCGAAUGACCUAGAAGAGGAGGAGCAAGAAGAAAACUUACCAAAGCAAGUGGAUGAUUUGGGAAGUCAGUUCACAGAGAUUUUCAUCAAACAGCAAGAAAAUGUCACGCUCUUGUUGACUCUUGUGGAGGAAUUUGACUUCCAUGUUCGUUGGCCAGGAGUGAAACUACUUACAUCUCUCUUAAAGCAGCAGGGACCUCAAGUGCAGCAGAUCAUUCUUGUCAGCCCUAUGGGUGUUUCCAGACUGAUGGAUUUACUAGCAGACUCAAGGGAGGUUAUAAGAAAUGAUGGAGUCUUGUUGUUACAGCAAUUAACAAAGAGUAAUGCAGCCAUACAGAAGAUUGUCGCCUUUGAAAAUGCCUUUGAGAGACUUCUGGACAUCAUAACAGAAGAAGGAAACAGCGAUGGAGGCAUAGUAGUGGAAGACUGUCUCCUCCUGCUACAGAAUUUGCUGAAGAAUAAUAAUUCCAAUCAGAAUUUCUUCAAAGAAGGCUCAUACAUUCAGCGGAUGAAGCCUUGGUUUGAAGUUGGAGACGACAACUGUGGGUGGUCGGCACAGAAAGUAACUAAUCUUCACCUAAUGCUGCAGCUUGUGCGGGUACUGGUGUCUCCCACAAAUCCUCCUGGUGCCACCAGUAGCUGCCAGAAGGCGAUGUUUCACUGCGGGUUGUUACAGCAGCUCUGCACAAUCCUGAUGGCAACCGGAGGUCCUGCUGACAUCCUGACAGAGACCAUUAAUACUGUAUCUGAGGUCAUUCGAGGAUGCCAGAUGAACCAAGACUACUUUGCCUCUGUAAAUGCACCUUCUAACCCACCAAGGCCUGCAAUUGUUGUACUACUUAUGUCCAUGGUCAACGAAAGGCAGCCUUUUGUGCUGCGGUGUGCUGUUCUCUACUGUUUCCAGUGCUUCUUAUACAAAAACCAAAAGGGACAAGGAGAAAUCGUUUCAACCCUUCUGCCAUCUACUAUCGACGCUACAGGUAACUCAGUCUCAGCUGGUCAGCUGCUCUGCGGGGGCCUCUUCUCCACAGACUCUCUUUCCAACUGGUGUGCUGCCGUGGCCCUGGCCCACGCGUUGCAGGAGAAUGCCACGCUGAAAGAACAGCUUUUGAGAGUUCAGCUUGCAACGAGCAUCGGGAACCCCCCCGUGUCACUGCUGCAGCAGUGCACCAACAUCCUCUCACAGGGCAGCAAAGUACAGACCAGGGUUGGACUGCUGAUGUUGCUUUGCACUUGGCUGAGCAACUGCUCAAUUGCUGUCACCCAUUUCCUUCACAACCCAGCCAACAUACCUUUUCUCACGGGGCAGAUCGCUGAAAACCUUGGAGAAGAGGAGCAGCUCGUUCAAGGCCUGUGUGCGCUUCUGCUUGGCAUUUCCAUCUACUACAAUGACAAUUCCCUGGAGAAUUAUCGGAAAGAGAAGCUGAAACAGCUGAUUGAGAAGAGGAUUGGCAGGGAGAACUUCAUUGAGAAGCUUGGCUUCAUUAGCAAACAUGAACUUUAUUCCAGAGCUGCUCAGAAACCACAGCCUAGUUUUUCUAGCCCAGACCACAUGAUGUUUGAUCAUGAAUUUACCAAGCUUGUAAAGGAAUUGGAAGGUGUAAUAAGUAAAGCUAUUUACAAGUCCAGUGAGGAAGAUAAAAAGGAGGAGGAGGUCAAGAAGACACUGGAACAGCAUGACAACAUUGUGACUCACUACAAAAAAGUCAUUAGAGAGCAGGACCAGGAACUUGAAGAAUUAAAACAACGACUGAACACUUUAACACUGCAGAAUGAACAGCUCCAAGCAACAGUUACACAGCAAGUGUCACAGAUCCAACAGCAUAAGGACCAGUAUAACCUGCUCAAAGUACAGCUAGGGAAGGACACUCAGCAUCAUAAUUCCCACAGUGACACGUUUCAGAUGAAUGGCAUUCAGACAGAAGAAGUGAGCAAAUUGAAGGAGGAGUUAGAAGAAUGGAAGAGCAAGCAUGAACUCCUCCAGGGGCAGCUAAGGGAAAAGGAGUCUGUGAUUGAAAAACUGAAGUCUUCACACUUGGAAAUGGGAACGACAGACCAGUCCUCACAGACCAGCAAAUCUGGCAGCUUGGAGCACAAUAAUGAACUACAGAAGGAAUUGGAAAUGCUCAGGAGUCAGAUGCAACUACAGUCUGCAGAAAUCUCUAAGCUUCAGAUGGAGAAUCAAAAGCUACAAGUAAUGAAUACAACUGUAGAUGCCAUUUCAGUAGAGAGUGGUGCAGUAGCAGCCAACAGCUCUGAAAUUCUGGGAAGACUUGAGCAAGAAAUCAAAGAACUGAAGAGUCAAGUCCAAGCCCUUUCUGCAGAAAAAGAAGCACUAAAGCAGCACCUAGAUUCAUCCAGUAGUACAGUUGCUAUCUUGCAAGAUGAGAAAAGUAAACUUCAGCAAGAAGUUGCAGAAUCAAAGAAAGAACAGGAUGACCUUUUAGUGCUUUUGGCUGACCAGGAUCAGAAACUAUCUGCGCUGAAGAUCAAACUGAAGGAUCUUGGUGUACCGGUUGAAGAUGAAGAUGACAUUGAAUCUGGAGAUCAAGGAGAUGAAGAUGAGGAUGGGGAUGAAGAGGAGCAAGACUAA